AUGUCGGUAGACUCCAUUACCUUUGACCGCCAACGCCCGACUAAACACCUCCUCUCGGCCCCCUCCAAAUCCCCGACUUUAUCUUGGAGAACUACGCCUAAUAAAUCCGAUUGGCAGCAGACAACUUAUCAAAUCCGGCUGGACCGUCCGGACUGGCAACCAACUACCUACUACGUCAAUUCCGCCGCUAGUGUCGCAGUAACAUGGCCCGGGGCAGAUAUCUCCUCGAGGGAGAUUGUCAACGUAAAAGUCGCUGUGCGUGGGGUUGGCGAGGAACAAGAUGUAUGGUCUAAUGAGGUCAGUGUCGAGGGGGGGUUAUUUGAACAGGAGGAUUGGAGUGCUGUGCCGAUAUGUGCUGUUGGAGUGGCGGACUUGACUGGGAGGGUACCAGUCACUUUAUUGAGGAAGGAGUUUACAUUGAGGGAUGGGGAUAAAAUGGUCAAGAGGGCGAGGUUGUAUGUUACGGCGCUGGGGGUUUAUGAGGUCGAGAUUAAUGGGAGGAAGGUUGGAGAUGAGGAAUUUGCGCCCGGGUGGACGAGUUAUGGGCAUCGGAUCAAGUACCAGACGUUUGACGUUGCGGACUUACUCCGUAAAGGGGAGAAUGCUGUGGGGGCGUAUUUGGGGGAGGGGUGGUAUAGAGGGAGGAUAGGGUUUGAAGGGGGUAGAACAGCGAUAUACGGAAAGGAUAUCGGAUUGAUAUUCCAGUUGGAGAUUACCUACGAGGACGAUACGGUUACCAAAGUUGUCUCGGAUGAUUCGUGGAAAGCUUCAACGGGGGCCAUUCUCUAUUCAGAGAUUUACGAUGGGGAAUUUUAUGACGCGCGGAAGGAGAAGCCCGGAUGGUCUUCACCGGGGUAUACCGGAUCCAGUGACUGGAAAGCCGUACGAGAACUACCGUUCCCCACCGCAGCUCUAGUGUCUCCACCCGGGCCACCAGUCCGCUGCACCGAGAUAGUAGCCCCCGUAAAAGUCUUUACAACCCCAUCCGGAAAGACGGUAGUAGAUUUUGGACAAAACCUCGUAGGCCGCCUGCGAAUCAAGCUCUGCGGCCCCUCUGGUCACAAAGUCACCUUCACCCACACUGAAGUUCUCGAAAAGUCCGGAGAGGUGGCGACUCGGCCGCUCCGUGCAGCACAAUGCACCGACCACUACAUCAUGAAGGGUAGCGACGAACCGGAAACCUACGAGCCGAAAUUUACAUUCCACGGCUUCCGCUACGUUCAGGUGGAUAAUUGGCCUCCAAUCUCGGACCUCCUAAAAAGCGUGGAAGCUCGAGUGCUACACACGGACAUGCAGCGCACAGGCUGGUUCUCAUGUUCCGACAAGCUGAUUAACAGACUCCACCGGAACGUCGUCUGGGGUAUGCGCGGGAACUUUCUUGAAAUCCCGACAGAUUGUCCGCAGCGGGAUGAGCGUCUGGGAUGGACGGGGGAUAUUCACGUUUUCUCAGAGACGGCGAGCUUUCUUUACGAUUGCAGCGGUAUGCUCCAAGGUUGGCUUCAAGACCUUGCCUUUGAGCAAAUGGACAACGAUCAUUGCGUGCCACCGCUAGUUGUACCCGAUGUUAUUGACCCCGGAAAAUUCCCACGCUUACCCCAAGCGGUCUGGCAAGACGUUGCGAUAGUGCUCCCAUGGGUGCUAUACACCCGAUUUGGGGACGUAAACAUACUCUACUCUCAACUCGCUAGCAUGAAGUCCUGGCUCUCCUCCGGGAUCCCACGGGACCCGGCCACAGGUCUCUGGUCUAGAACCUUCCAAUUCGGAGACUGGCUGGAUCCCAGUGCGCCAGGCGACGCCCCACAGGAUGGGUGUACAGAUCCGAUGCUCGUUGCGAACGCAUUUCUAAUCCACGUUACAGAUCUCCUCUCCCGAAUCUCCACCAUCCUCGGUGAUCCAGAUGGUGCUGCAGCAUACGCCACCUCCGCGUGCACUCUUCGCCAAGCUUUCAACCAAGAAUAUGUAACUCCCGCCGGUCGUCUAUCAUCCGACUCUCAGACGGCAUAUGUCCUGGCCCUCCGCUUCAACAUCCUCCCCACUCCGACACAAGUCGAAGCAGCGAGCAAGCGCCUCGCUGAAGUCGUCCAAAAGUCAAAGUUCAGGAUCGCGACCGGCUUUGCCGGCACCCCGUAUAUCCUACCGACCCUCACCACAACUGGAAACCGCCAGCUAGCUUAUCGUAUGCUGCAUGAACAAAAGUGCCCCAGCUGGCUGUAUCCACUGCAGCAUGACGCGACGACUAUCUGGGAGCGUUGGGAUGGGAUACUGCCCGACGGCAGUAUAAACCCGGCUGAAAUGACCUCAUUCAACCACUAUGCCCUCGGCGCGGUGGCGGAGUGGAUGCACGCUAGUAUCGGAGGGAUCGCGCCUGCCGCGCCCGGUUGGAAGAGGAUUUGGGUCGCGCCGGUUCCUGGAGGGGAGGUUUCGUGGGCUGAAGUUAGAUUUUUGAGUGUCUAUGGGGAGGUGUAUGUCCGCUGGGAGGUCAAGGAUGGGAGGUUUAAGUUGAAGGUUAGGAUCCCCGGGAAUGUUAGUGCUGGUAUUGUAUUUCCGAGGGGAUCUAGAGACGAGGACGUUCUUGUUGAGGAGAGUGCUGGGGGUGGGUCAGAGGAGGAAGAAGAGGAAGCGGGGAAGGCGGGAGAUAAAGAUACAGGCGCGCAAGUCCUGGAAGUUGGAUCCGGUGUGCACGUUUUCGAUAGGGUAUGGAAGGAGGACACGGACUGGCCACCGGCAGUCUCGUCACAUCCAUACAUGCCGGAGAAGGAGGCUGUGAGCGAAGGAAAAAAGGCAUAA